GGCGUUGCAGCGGAUUUCCAAAAGCCGUCGACUACUGCCUACCUGCGUCGUCUGUUGUCAAGAACGAUCAAGAGCACCUACGGGUGGAAUCUGAAUGCGAGAAUGAUUGUAGGUUUGAAGUUCGAUGAUCGGAUUCGUUUGGUGGAAGUCCGGAAGUUAGUGAACGAUGUCAUCGGAGGCCUAGAUCUACCUGUGUAUGAAGUUUGCUGCACGGAAUGGUGUCCGUAUUGUUUGGGUUAAAAACCCAUCUGUGGCGGACAUAAUUCACAAUCAGCGCGAGUUAGCCAAAGCUGAUAUGUUAACCUGCACCUGUGCAGGUUUUCCCUAUCCCAGGAUAGGAGGUCACGUGCAGUGCCGAUUACAAGAGCUGGAUGAGGUGCAUCCACUGUUGUGUAAUGCCAACAACGUGCCGAAGCUGAAUCAUCCGGAUAGAGGGAAGCUUCUGAUGAAGGAGGUGUUGGACGGUGUGAAAGGAUGGGCUAACUUUCGAGGUGUGCCGCCAACGAUUGGCUGGGAGAAUGUCACUAGGUGUUUGACUGCAACACUGGAUACGAAAUUGAAGUGUGUGGAGAUGAACACAGUACGUGAACUGAAGCAACAAUUGCGUGGGUUGGUGCUUACACCUCUGGAUCGUAACCCAGGCGAGACCCUGGUGCUUUGUCCUAAGGUGUAUUAUGAGGCCAUGAUGGAGCUUUUUGUUUGUAGUCCCGGCUACGCGGUGUUGACGGAGUCGGAGCACGUGCUUAUGACCGGUAUGAAGGCGGACGCGAAGGAUAUGGGAUUGCAACGUUUUGUGCGUUGGGACAACAAAGGGCAUUUUGGCGAGGCUUAUGUGAUGCCCAAGCAUAAUGAUCUGACAAGGGCGACGGGCGAUGGUGGAGGAUGGCAGAGGGCGGAGGGGGGGGGUCAGAGGGCGGGAUACGGGCCACGGUGGGAAGCGGCAUACAGCGGGAAGCGGCGCACGGCGGGAUGCAGUGGAGGGCAAUGGCGGAGGGCGGGAUACGGACUCCGAGGAGGGCGGGAAGCGGCAAACGCUACAGGUGAUGGCGGGGGGGAAAUGGCCGCAGCGGGGAAGAUGAAGGCAUUGAGGGAGGAUGGCGGCGUGGGAGAUAGAGAUGGCGGCAGGGAAGAUGGUAGCAGGGGGAGAUUGAGGUUCGCAGAGAUGGCAUCGACAACUCCAUCUUCCCCGUUGUUGCCACCAAUUUCCCCUUUGUUGCCCAUCUUCCUCACCGCUGCCAUGUCCACUGUCGCAGCCAUCUUCCCCGCCGCUGCCAUGUCCGCUGUCACCGCCAUCUCCCCAACACUUCUGCCUCAUCCUUGCGGCUCUCAACAGUCUUCACCCUCCCCGGAUUUCCUCACACCGCUGCAGGAAAUGCCGCUCCCAGUGGUUGUGUAUCAGGUAAGUCACAUCACUGCCGAGGCGGCACAUCUCCAGGCCUAUGUGUCAGCCUUGCCAAGUGGCAGAGAUCAAAGAUAGUUAGAAAUGAUGACUUUCUACCCCACAGAGUGGUCACAACUAAUUAGAGUCAGGGUCAUGGAGAAUGAAAAUUCCUCUGUGAG